UGUCUUUGCGGCUUUUGACUUGAGUUGCUUUGCACUCUUCAUCUCUAUUACAUUCCUGUGUAUUCGUUUGUGCUUGGACGCUUGAGGCAGGUUGUGUGUGCAUUGAUUUGUCUGCGAGUAUAUCAGAAUACCACUGAGGAUCCACGACAACCAGCGAUAGCAGCUUGGUGGAACAUCUCACAUCUAUAUUAGCCAGGAUGGCGGAGACAGAAGCAGUUCCAAUUGUGACGCAGGGCCUCGAUCCCAAGUCUGGGGCUUCACACUCGGAAUCAGACUCGCCGGUUCACGGCACCUGGGGCUCGAAAGAUGGCAAUAUUUCAAACAGCGAGUGGAAUGACCCAGAGGCGAACCAGCUGCCUGAAAAGGUAGAGGAGUUGGAGAAAAAAGGCGAACUCGGGGAUACACCACAGCAAGCGCGGAAGAAGGUUGUAGUAGUGGGACUUGGUAUGGUGGGCAUUGCGUUCAUCGAGAAGCUCAUGAAAUACGAUGUCAAGCGGAGAGAAUACGACAUCGUCGUCAUUGGCGAGGAACCAUAUCUGGCCUACAACCGCGUCGGAUUGACAAGUUUCUUCCAGCACCGUCAGGUCGAGAACCUGUUCCUGAAUCCGAAGGAGUGGUACUCUUCCAUGCCCGAGGGCUCAUUGAACUACCACCUCAACACACUCGUUACCGAGAUCGACUCCGCAAACAAGAACGUCAAGACAUCGUCGGGCGAGACAGUACCUUACGACCUUCUUGUCCUCGCAACAGGAUCGGACGCUUUGCUUCCCCGCCACACGCCCGGCCACGACGCGGAAGGCGUCUUUGUGUACCGCACCAUCGAUGACUUGCAGCGUCUCAUCGAGUUCUCUGCGACACGCAAGGGGACGAGCGGUGCUGUAGUUGGUGGUGGACUGCUGGGCCUGGAGGCUGCGCACGCUAUGAUGGAUCUGGAGAACUUCUCACAAGUCAAGCUCAUCGAGCGGAAUCGGUGGGUUCUCUCGCGACAGCUGGACAACGACGCAGGAUCCAUGGUCGUGGAGCAGGUGCGCGCCAUGGGGCUGGAUGUCAUGCUGAGCAAAAGAGUCGGCAAGAUCUUGACGAAUGAGAAGAACGCUGUGCGUGGUGUCGUCUUCGAGGAUGGCGAAGAGAUGGAGUGCUCGUGCAUUUGCUUCGCGAUUGGCAUCAAAGCGCGCGACGAGCUUGCACGCAAGGCAUCGAUCAAGUGCGCUGAUCGAGGAGGCGGCAUCAUUGUCAACAACGACCUGUCGACCUCGACACCAGACAUCUACGCAAUCGGCGAGUGUGCGAGCUGGGAAAACCAAACUUUUGGCCUUAUUGCUCCCGGCGUUGAGAUGGCAGACGUCCUCGCUUUCAAUCUCACACAAGCGAAAGCACACGCGCCACGUACAUUCAAGCGCCCCGACCUCAGCACCAAGCUCAAGCUGCUGGGUGUUGAGGUUGCGAGCUUCGGCGACUUCUUUGCGGAUCGCGACGGGCCCAAGGAUAUGCCAGGACGCCAGAAGGAGAAGAAAGAGGUGGACAAGGUCAGGAACCUCACGAGUGGGCCAGCAGCGCCACCGGUCAAGGCUUUGACAUACAAGGACCCCUUCCAGCAAGUGUACAAGAAGUAUCUAUUCACCAUGGACGGCAAGUACCUGCUGGGAGGUAUGAUGAUCGGCGACACAAAAGACUACAUCAAGCUGGUGCCAAUGGUGAAGAACCAAAAACCUUUGGAGAUGCGCCCAGCUGAAUUGAUCAUUGGAGCCUCGCAGGGCGAAGAUGAUGGGUCCGAUCUGUCCGGCGACACCCAGAUUUGCUCCUGCCACAACGUCACCAAGGACGAUGUCGUCAACUCUGUCAAGGACGGGACCUGCAAGUCCAUUGGGGACGUCAAGUCUUGCACGAAAGCUGGGACUGGAUGUGGUGGCUGCAUGCCGCUCGUCCAGACCAUCUUCAACAAGACGAUGGCAUCCAUGGGUCAGGAAGUCAGUAACCAUCUCUGCCCUCACUUCGCGUACUCGCGCGCCGAUCUGUUCAACAUCAUCUCCGUUAAGAGUCUGAAGGACUUUGACGCUGUGAUGCGGGAGUGCGGCAGUGAGCCCGAGUCGACGGGAUGCGAGGCGUGCAAGCCCGCUGUCGGAUCCAUCAUCGCUUCGCUGUUCAACAAGCAUCUGCUCGAUGUGGAGCGACGAGGUCUACAAGAGACCAACGAUAGGUUCUUGGCCAAUAUCCAGCGUAACGGCACAUUCUCAGUCGUGCCACGAGUCUCUGGUGGCGAAAUUACACCUGAGAAACUCAUCGUUAUUGGCAUGGUUGGCAAGAAGUACAAUCUAUACACGAAGAUUACUGGUGGUCAGCGUAUCGACAUGUUCGGUGCGAGGAAGCAGGAUCUGCCUGAUAUCUGGCAGGAGCUGAUCGAUGGCGGCAUGGAGUCUGGACACGCUUAUGCGAAGUCGCUGCGUACAGUCAAAUCGUGUGUCGGAACCACAUGGUGCCGUUUCGGUAUCGGUGACAGUGUCGGCAUGGCGGUGCGUCUGGAGGAGCGCUACAAGUCCAUCCGUGGUCCUCACAAGAUCAAGGGUGGAGUAUCGGGCUGUGUGCGCGAGUGUGCGGAGGCACAGAACAAGGACUUCGGUCUCAUCGCAACCGAGAAAGGUUUCAACAUCUUCGUUGGCGGUAACGGCGGCGCAAAGCCUCGCCACUCAGAACUCCUUGCCAAGGAUGUACCACCAGAUGAUGUCGUACCCAUUCUCGACCGCUACCUUUCAUUCUACAUUCGCACAGCCGAUAAGCUCCAACGUACAGCACGAUGGAUGGAGAAUCUGCCGGGCGGCAUCAAGUACCUACAAGAGGUCAUUCUGGAAGACAAGCUCGGGAUUUGCGCCGAUCUGGAGAAGCAGAUGGAAGAGCUUGUUGGCUCUUUCUUCUGCGAGUGGACUGAAGUCCUCAAAGACCCCAAGAAACGGGCCUGGUUCAACCAGUUCGCAAACACACCCGAGACCAUCGUCGACACCAUUGAGCCCACCCAGGAGCGCGGUCAAGAACGCCCAUCAUAUUGGCCAAAAGACAGCGUUACAGAAGAUUUCCGCGGUCACAAGUGGGCCGAGCUCAGCUGGCAACCGAUGCUGGCAGCCACAGAGCUGCAGGACACGCCGACGGGCGACUCCAAGGCGCUCAAGCGCGGCGACACGCAACUCGCCCUCUUCAAGGUCCGCGGCAAGUACUACUGCACGCAGCAAAUGUGUCCCCACAAGCGUGCCUUCGUGCUCUCUGACGGCCUCAUCGGCGACGACAUCAAGAACAACAAACUCUGGGUGUCGUGCCCGAACCACAAGCGCAACUUCGAGCUCGGCGGCGAGCAGGCGGGCCGCUGUGCCAAUGACGAGGCGCUCAGCAUUGCCACCUUCCCCGUCGAGGAGCGUGCAGACGGCUGGCUGUAUGUCAAGCUGCCCAGCAUCGAGGAGCUGGACAGCGUGCUCGGGACGGAGAAGUUCAAGAUCAAGAAGAGCGAGAGCGAGGAUCCGUUUGUGGCGCUGGACCGCAAGCUCGAGCGCAUGAAGCUCAAGGGCAGGAAGGGCAUGCAGGUUAGCCAUCUCGAGAACGGGCUUGGGGAGAAGGCAAAGGCGAGCAUGAUUCUUGCGGGUGGGGAGAGAGGCGCGGGAGGGCUUGAUUGGUAGACGGUGUAGAUUUAUGAUGGCAUGGGUAUGGCGUUGGAUUGGUCUGGUUCGGUAGAUUCCCAUGAUAC